AACAAAAUCAAAGGAAAGUUAACAAAAAUAGAAUUUAGUAAUUAUAGAUGGAUAAUAUGCUUUAAAAAGUUGCAUUUAUAGAGGAAGAACUCAUAAUUUAUAUUUGGGUAAGAUAAUGUAAUAUAUAUAUUGACAGCGAUAAACAAAUAGCAUCCAGGAAAUUACUUCGUUGUGCGAUUAGUAAUGUAAAUAAUGGUUUAAAUUUAUUGUUAGUUCAUUAACGUGAUAGGCUAACACAAACAUAGAUAGUAUCUAGGAUGAAGAGAAACUCCUG